AUGGCAAACGUUCAGACCAUCUCCCUGGUCAUCUCCAGCAUCUCCCUCAGCAACAUGAUUCUGGAUCUCACCACAUUCGGCCUGGUGGCCACGACGAGAGCCGGAUUAUGGUGCCUAGGCAAGCUUCACCCAAUUACCAAGCUUGUGAUCUUCUGCUGGCUUCAUAGCAGCUGCAUGAGCUUUUGGUCGAUCUGCUGGCUGAGCGUGUUUUACUGGGUGAAGGUAGCGAGGGGCUCCUCUCUCCUCAUCGAAACACUGAAGAGGAACAUCUCUGCCAUCAUCAACACAGCUCUUCUGCUGACGUUACUAGGCUCUACUUUAAUGUUUAUCCCAGUACUGUUCCUGGAAGAACAGAAUUUCUCAUCAGUUACUGCUUCUACUAACUACACACAAAAUGUGACCUGCCUUUAUGUAACACCGGUCUUCCCACCUUGGAUUAACACAAACAUCUACGCUUGCGUCUUAAUUGCUUUCCUUUGCCCUCUCCCUCUGAUGGUCAUGGUAUUCAGCUCCAUGAGGCUUGUAAUGUAUAUCUGUGGACACACCCUGUCCAUGAAGAGGAACAAGACCGAAGUGCAGAACAUGGACUCUUACCUGCUGGUCUGCAGGCUGACUGUAUCUCUUGUGGGGGUCUACUUGACCAAUUUGGCCGUAGUUGCCCUAUACUUUAUCUGUUCUAUUACCAAGCGGAACAUCAGUACGGUGGUAAUUAUGGCGAGCUAUUCGAUUUAUUGCACAGCAACUGCCAUUCUUUUGACAGCAUCUAACAAACACCUGAAAGAAAUGCUCUCGGAACUUUUUUGCUGGAGGAAAGCUCUGAAAAAAGUGGGAGACAGUACCCAGGGUACGAAUUAA